AGUGGAGCCCACGGAAAGGGGGCGUGGCGAGGCUGCGCAUGCGCGCCCGCAAGCUAGCGAGGAAGGCGCACGCGGCUGAGGGAGAGAUUCUCUGAGGCGAAAAAAAGGAAAGAUGGAGCGGGGCAAAGGAGAAGAAGAAGAGGACGCUGGCCAAAGCUCGCCUUUCCUCCAGGAGCAGGAAGCAGAGAGUGAUGAUCUGACGGACAGCGAAGAAAGCGUCUUCUCUGGACUUGAGGAUUCUGGGAGUGACAGCCCCACAGAGGAAGAAGAGGAGGAGGAGGAGGAGGAAGACCAUGGCAGCGGAAUAGAGGAGAAUUCAGACACCCUGUCGUCUUCUGAGAAGACUAAAGCUGGAGAAGCUCCUAAGAAGAAAGGAGGCCUGGGCCUUAAGGUCAGGGACAGAGGGACCGGUCAGCAGGAAGAGCUUCUGGAGAAUGAGUAUGUGGAAGACAGCUCCGACGAGGAGGUGGAAGACGGUCCCGGUCAGGAUUGGCUUGACGGGCCUUCCUCUUGGCACGUUUCUCCCUUAAGCCCUCCGUUCGUGCCUCUUCGAACUCCACAGCACUGCUGGUCACAGCUGACCUCCAAUUGGAGCGCUCAAGAGCCAGGGCUUCCCAGUUCUCAGUGUCUAUGCCACAGUUUUUAAGGUUGGCUUUGAGCCCAUCUUUCAAUCUCUUUUCCUGCCCACCAACAUUACAUUUUCCGUUCUUGAGUUCGGAGUAGAGUAGCUGCUUUGGGAGACCCUAUAGUAAAAGUAAUGCUAAGGCGGGCCAACUGUUUUUAAAAGGCCAUGUUAUGGCUCAAACAUGAAAGCAAAAAGAAGAAGAAGAAGAAGAAGAAAGAAAGAAAGAAAGAAGUUUUUGGGGAAAUAAUAAUAAUAAUAACUUUAUUUUUAUACCCCGCCUCCAUCUCCCCAAAGGGACUUGGGGUGGCUUACAUGGGGCCAGGCCCAGGUGAAUACAGACUAUAUAAAAUAAUAAUAAUAAUAAUAAUAAUAAUAAUAAUAAUUUCCUUGACAAAAUUGAAGGAAAAGCUGACAAGGAGAAGACCUGGCUCUGGCUCACGAAUGGGACCCUGAAGAAGGAGACAGAAGGCCUGAUCCU